GCCCCGCUCCGCGCGCCCUAAGAGCGAGCGGCGGCGCGGCUGCAGCGCGGCAGGGAGGGCUGCGCUGGGUUCCUUUUGCAGCCGCUCUCCGCCAGCUCCCCUCGCCGUCCCGGGGGCGUCGUGCAGCUCCUCCCGGGACCGAAGCCGCCGACCAUAGCGGGCACCUGGAUCCACGUCCCGCCGCAGCGCCCGGAGGACAUGCAGGAGAGAGAAUGAGCCAGAGGGACACGUUGGUGCAUCUGUUUGCUGGGGGAUGUGGCGGCACAGUGGGAGCUAUUCUGACAUGUCCGCUGGAAGUUGUGAAAACACGGCUGCAGUCAUCUUCUGUGACGCUCUACGUCUCUGAAGUCCAGCUGAGCACCAUGGCUGGAGCCAGUGUCAACCGCGUCGUGUCCCCGGGACCUCUCCAUUGCCUAAAGGUGAUCUUGGAAAAAGAAGGGCCUCGCUCCUUGUUUAGAGGAUUAGGCCCCAAUUUAGUGGGGGUGGCCCCUUCCAGAGCAAUAUACUUUGCUGCUUAUUCAAACUCCAAGGAAAAGUUGAAUGGCGUGUUUGAUCCUGAUUCUACCCAGGUACACAUGAUUUCAGCUGCAGUGGCAGGUUUUACUGCAAUCACUGCAACCAACCCCAUUUGGCUUAUAAAGACUCGGUUACAGCUUGAUGCAAGGAACCGCGGGGAAAAGCGAAUGGGUGCUUUUGAAUGUGUUGGUAAAGUGUAUCGGACAGAUGGACUUAGAGGAUUUUAUAGGGGCAUGUCUGCUUCAUACGCUGGCAUAUCGGAGACUGUUAUCCAUUUUGUUAUUUAUGAAAGUAUAAAGCAAAAACUACUGGAAUGUAAAACUGCUUCUGUGAUGGAAAAUGGUGACGAGUCAGUGAAAGAAGCAUCAGAUUUUGUGGGAAUGAUGCUGGCUGCUGCCACCUCGAAAACUUGCGCCACAACCAUAGCAUAUCCACACGAAGUUGUAAGAACAAGACUACGUGAAGAGGGAACAAAGUACAGAUCUUUUUUUCAGACACUGUCUUUGCUUGUUCAAGAAGAAGGUUAUGGAUCUCUGUACCGCGGUCUAACAACCCAUCUGGUGAGACAGAUUCCAAACACAGCCAUUAUGAUGGCCACCUAUGAAUUGGUGGUCUACCUACUCAAUGGAUAGCAGCAAAGGCUGCCGCGCCAGAGAGAAGGAAGACCAAAAAGAUAACACGGACCAUGGAGUAGCGAGGCCAGCGUGGUGGACAGAAGGAAAGUAGUUGGGAACAUGGAACUAUGCCCAUGCAGAAGUUCGGUUGUAGGAGUUAAGGUGGUAUCCGUGCCACAUCACUUAGUGUCUCAGUAAUGGGAAACAUCCUCAGCCACCUUAAAGGAAAUGCCUUUAGAAGCACUCCUUAAAAUUGCCAUUUUCUCUACCAUGUCCACAGAUACAGUUGUGUUUUGUUGAUAAUGGCAUUCAGAAUAUAGUGUCAUUGUUCCAUGAGCAUUUUUUUAAUCUUAUAAACAAAGCCAUCCCUAAAUUAUACUGUAUAACUAUCCAAAGAUUGUAUUUGACAGUCAUAAAUUUCUAACUUGUGGCAUUUAAUUCCUGUAAUACUGUAGAAUAAUAAUAAUAGGUAGCUCCUGAGUAUGUUCCCAUUUUCCUGAAAGGACCUGGCACAGUAUUUUAAAUUCACCUCUUUGGCAUCAGUAGUUAACUGUUAUUGACAGCCAAUGAAAUUGUGUCUAAAUAUCUUGUGUACUUCUAACAUGGAGAUGUUUUGGUUUCCACAACUAACGGGUGCUUGAUGUUGAGCAUAAUGUGGACUUCAGAUUGUUAGCAUAUCAAACUCAUAAUAGUUUGACGAAUAAACUAGUAAAACAUUAAUUCUUGGCCAUUUCAGUGACUUAAAUGUGUCUUUGAAUCUUAUCUAAUUUUAUGGUACAUGAAUGAAUGCAAAUGUCUUCAGUAAUUUACUAGCUAUGGAUUUGAAUUAUCUGUCACCCAUUUAUCAUGCCUAAGUAUCAUUUACUUAAACAGAAAAUUUUACUACUUCUGAAUCUUUGCCUACUUGCUAUCACAUUAAGAAUUCAGACAUUUGAAUUAUUUCCAGAUCUGUAUAGAUCCAAUUUACUUGUAGAGAAAAUGGUAAUUUUCAGUUUUGCCCUUAGUUUUUUUUUUAAAGGAGAUAUUAAGGUGUGGGACAGUAUAAAUAUUGUAGAAGAGGAGCCCUCUGAUUCAGAAGGUGAUGAUCUUAAUUGACUUAGAGUUUAUAAAUGAGCAGUUACUUUUGAUGGAAUUUAUUCUGUCCUAUUUUGUCAAAUGAUCUAUCAUAGAAAGAUUCAGUUAGAGUUAAAUGUGCUGACAGGAUGUAACUUUUAACUUACUAUUGAGUAACCUGCACCUUUUACUACUUUAAACGUACUCUGUGUCUGACCCUUAUGAGAUGUUUGCUGUUAUACAACAUCAGGGAACUUUGCCUAUGGAUGUUGCUAUACUGGCCUAUAAAACUUCUGCAGUUAAACUCCAGUGUGGUACUCAUUUCAUUACACCUUAACUUUACAUUUUGUGCAAUGGCUUUAUCUUAAGAAUGACUCCUUAUGAAUGUACUUUGUGGCCUUGGGGGUGGGAGGUGAGAGGAGAGAAUUUCAUGUUAAGUUUUUGUGUUUUGUUUUUUGUUUUUUUUUUUUUAAUACUGGUCAUGUAUUAGAAACAGUGUUCAUAACAUUUUUCUGGGCUUUUGUUUUGAAGGGCUCACAACGUGUUUAAGCAUUCUUUGUACCCGAUAGUGCCACAACAUGGAGAAGCAGCAUGUCAUUACAAGUUUUUUCUGCUGUCACCAGUGAAGCUCUCUUGAAUUCCCCCACCUUAACUUUGUGUAAUCAGCAGUAACUGGAUGUUUCUGAGGUGCUCAGUUGGAAUUUAAAAUAUUCCAAUCUAUUUGGAGACCAAAGGCAAAUUCAGUUUUGUUACUUUUUUUAUUUAACAUCUUUUAGUUUCUGCUUUGACAUUUAUUGUGAGAAACAUAGCAAGCCCCCCCUCAAAAAAAAAAAAAAAAAAAAAAAACCCACCAGGUUUCUAACUUGAAUCUGUAGAGAAGGUCUCAUUCCAUAACGUUUGCCUUUUUGGUGCCAUUUGUGCUGCCUCAUACAGUGCCAUUUGCCUGUGAAGAUGCAUAAAUACUAUGUUGAAUGUAGGACACACACUCCCUAGUCUUACUGAUUCAGUGCCCACAAAGGAAGAGGACAUGAAAACCAGCAGCUAAGGAACAUCUCAUUUUGUUGUAGCAAAUUGGUAACAAGUGUCCUUCGAGAAUGGUAGUCUGUUUAUAUUUAGCAAGCAAAACUUACUUCGACCUUUUGUGCAUUAUGUUCAGCUUUUAAAGCAAGUAUUAUGUAUGUACUAGAAGGAAAAGAUUUUGAAGUCCUAGACUACAUUUGUGCAACAACUAAAAAGGAGAAACGAAGUCUGUUUUUUCCCCCCAAGUACAUUUCUGCCAUAGUUUACAUUAUGACAGAUCAUUAAAAAAAAAAAAAAAAAACUAUAUAUGAAAGUUACAUAAACAAGUUGAUUUUUCAAUUGAUUCUAACAUUUAUCAAAGCAUUGGACUUUUAAAAACUUACUUUUUGUUUUUUUGUUUUUUCCAUCUGUUUUCUAUCAGAUAACUUUUAAAACUUUGGUAUGGAGAUUGUCAGCACUCCGCAGUGGUAUGUGUUACUACAGAAUCUCCUCAGAAAGUUGAACUGAGCCUCGUUCAGUUCAGGUAGUAGGUGCUGAAAGCUUCCACUCAAAGCAGCCACUCCCAGAAAUGGUUUCCUACGUUCCACAGUCCAAAUCCGAGGCCACCGUGCCACUGCUGUGGUUGUGGAUGCCAUACAGUGCUUUCUACCACGAAGCCUCUGUCUUGGUUCUGAUUAUGUUAAUGUGGUAGAACCAAGCUUCCUAGAAUAGACCCAAAUUGAUUAGUAAUUUGAAACCAAAAUAGAAUGUCAUGAGGUUGUUUAAUCCAGUCUUGUCUCAAAUCUACCAUGCACUGUGGAGUAGCAUUAUUUUAGGACCAACUGAAUUGGGGUUCAGAAUAAUAAAUUAGUCCCUCUUCCAGAGUCCCUUGUGCCUGUCUCUAGUUGACAUGCUCUUCUCCCCAAACAGAGUAAUUGUAGAGACCCUUUGGGGCUGACGAAUACUAUAGGAGAAAAAGACUGACUACUAAUCAUGAGUUUAACAUUCCUAGAAUAUGGACAUUUCUGAAUGGUGUAAAUUGAAAGGAAUUUUAAUAUAUAAAAUACAACAUGCUUUCUGUCCUUGAAUCUCUCAUGCUCUUAUAUUUCCCAUUAGUCUGUACAUUGAUUUUUUUUGCUACUCCUUUAGGAACUGAAAAUUCUGGUCCUACUCAGUUAUGUUAAUGAACUUUUUGAACGUACCCUAGUGUAUGUGAAGAAUUAAGUAUGACCUGUCCGUCAUAGCUAACACAUCAACUUUUAAAGAGUUGGUAACUUUUGCCCAAUUAUGUGAGUUUUGCUCUUCUUUCAUUUCUGUACAUGGCUGUAAAUUAUGUGCAUAUAUUCUGUAUUUAUGUUAACUAGCUUUUACAUGAAUUGUUAAAAUUUUAAAAAUUAAAGUAUGCUUAUGAAAUUGU